AUGUUUAUAGGCAUCCGCGACCCGUUCUGGCGGCGCUCGGGCUGGUGGAGAUGGCGCCAGCAGGAAGUGAAGGCCAUGAACCGCAGUCGGGCUUUUCGGCGGCACCUAUUCCCGCGUUUCGUCACGGCCACGGUCGCGUACGAGGACGCAGCUGAAGCGGAGGUCCAGCGCUUCAAGGCGACAGUGGCGGAGACAGGGCGGUACCCGGGGCAGACGGUGAACUUCUUCGUCCCGAAAGUCGAGGGUGCGCGGCUCGAACCGUUCGCGGCGUUGCCGAGCCGGCAGAAGCGCCUGAAGCUGCGGCGGAAGGCCGUGAAGGAGGCGGAGGAAGAAGAAAGGUCGAGGGGAGAUGUGGACUUUGUCUGGCGAGGAAAAGGCGGUGGACGCGUCUGGGAAGAGCGGAAGGGGAACAUCCCUCUCGGCAAGAAGAAGCUCCUGCUGUACUGCACCAUCAUCAAGGGGCUGCAAAUCACAGACGCCAUCGACUGGCUGUCGUCGCUGUGCCUACACCGAGUGAACUACUUGCUGAAUCUGCUCAACGCGACGCGGAAGAAGAUCCAUGAACAGGGGGGAGACAUCUCCCGCGUCUACGUCGAAAGCUACAUGCUGAACAUCCAAGGCCAAAUCAAGCGGCCGCAGUUCCGUCUGCGCAUGGUGAACUUGAUCAAAACCUGGAAAUUCGCCGUCGUCCUCCGGUUCCGCGAGUACCCCAUGGACGAGUUCUUCCACAAACUCUUCAUCCUCAAACACGUGCCCAGAAGCCUCACCACCGACAUGCGUCUCGCCCUCGUCGGCCAGCGCGUCAACCCGCAAACGGUCCGGGAGUGGUACCCUCUCCUCGACAGCAAAACGCGAUUCUGGCAUAGAAAGAGACUGAAGUGGCUAGAUCGGACGCGUCAAUUCGAUUACUGCCUCGCGAGACGAGUCUUCAAAAGCAAAUAUGAAGAGAACUGUCGCCGUCGAAAGAUUCAAGUGCUCCAGGCGAGAGGCGCGUCGGACGCUGUCAUCGCCGAAGAAAACCUCUGA